CUUGAGGUCAAAUAAAGCGGAAUGAUUGUUAUAAAGCGGUAUCGUGUGGUGUUCGCAUGUGUUCAGUGCCUUCUCUAUAGUUUAAUUUGCAUAACUGCAUAUGUCGGAACAGUCCGUAAGACAUCGGUUUCUCGCUCUACCUAGUGAGCAAAAGCUGAAGUUAGAUAGAGUCACUUCUCCCCGUUGUCAACUAACCCCUGUCCCCAAUUUAUCUACAAGUGCAAUCUUGGAUAUUAACGAUACUUCAAUAACGGUUACAGGUGAUGAUUUCGAGGAUACAUGUAUUCUUGGUGAAGGAUUUUUUGGACAAGUUUUCAAAAUGCGUUUGAAAUCAACAAAAGAAUCAUUUGCAGUUAAAAAAAUACCAUUUUGCAAUUUGGAUCCACGUAAUCCAGAUAUGAUAGCAGAUUUGGAAAUAGGAAAAUUGCAUCCACAUCCAUUUUUAUUACGAUCUUAUUGUGCUUUCACUCAUGUAGAUUCUGUUUGGAUUUUAUUAGAACUUAUGGAUAUCUCGUUAGAUGUACUUCUAAAUAAAGUAAAGGCACUUAAUGAACACAUUCCUGAAAAUGUUUUGAAGCAUAUUACAUUUUCAAUCGUUUCAGCAUUAUAUUAUUUACGAUUCGAUAUGAAUAUGAUUCAUCGUGAUAUAAAACCGGCUAACAUGUUAGCUAACAAAAGUGGACAAAUAAAAUUAGGUGACUUUGGUACUGCCGUCACUCUUUCCAACUGUGAAAUUCUAACGGAUGUUGGAUCAUGGCGUUACCUUGCUCCAGAGCGUGCCUAAGCAUUUAUGAAUUGGCUACUGGUACAAACCCAUAUGAACCGCCUAAAGAUCCUGUAGAUGCAUUCAAUCAGGUUAGUAAAUCAACAACACCGCAUAAUCAUGUGUUGUUACCAUUGAUGUGUUGUCUAAAUCUCAUGAUUGAUUUACUAGUAAUUUUUACGUUCUCAAUAGUCAAACAAACGUAACUAUAUUUAUUAUACUUGCUGAUGUGUUUUUGUUUUUGUUAAUGAUUUUGUGAAGAUAGUUUAAAAUGGACAGAUUCAAUAUCACUAGUUUACUCAGCAUAAUCGUAACAUCAUAUUAAAUUUAAUAUUUCAAAAAACAAACAAACAAGAAAUUAUUUUGAGUUCAGUAACUGUAAAGGGAUGAUUAAUCAUUUGAGAAUUGACAAAUCAUAUACAAUAGACCAUAAUUAUUAUAUUCAAG